AUGUCCUCGAAAAUCGACAAGAUCAUUGCGCGGCUGCAGGAAAAGUUCGUCGUCCCCUCAUCCCAAGACUCUCAAAAACCUUCCUCCCCAAUCACAAAAAAAACUAACCCACACCCCCCGCCUAGAACAACCGAAGGAAACUACUACGAAGCGCACCAACAAACCCGCGUCGUCGCCUCCCGGUACAUAAAAUCACAAAACUACCCCGCCGCAACCGACAUCCUAUACAAUGUAUCACACUCCCUCCUGCAAGCCUCGCAAGGCGGCUCCGGUGGCGAUCUCGCCCUCUUUUUACUCGAAGUCUACAAUCUCUCCUCCUUGACCUGCGACUCUGCAUCCAAAGGCCGUCUGUUUACACUCCUGCGGGCAUUUUCCCCAGAGGAACCCUCGCGCAAACGAUUUAUUACCGAGAUGGUAGCGUGGAGUUCGAAGACCUCUUUGUAUCCGGCUGGAGAUCCGGAGUUGCAUCAUGUGGUUGGGGGGUUGUUGGCUGAGGAGGGGGAAGUCUAUGAUGCGGAGAGACAUUUGGUGCUUGGGACAAAGGAUUCUGCGGAAGUACUCGCGAAAAUGGAGUAUGAAUGGUAUAGAGAGGAUGAGAGUCAUACUGCGGCACUGUAUGCUAGUCGAGCUGUGUUGCCGUACUUAUUGGUAGGGAAUGUACGGGAUGCGCGGAAGAGUUUGGGGAUAUUUGGGGAGAGGUUGAGGGGGGAUAAUACGGGGUUGACGGUGCAGGAAUUGGGGGAGGGUGGGAAUCAGGAUAUUAAGAUUUAUCCAUCUAUUCCGCUGCUGAAUUUUUUGGGAUUACUACUGGUGGCGGUGCAGAAGGGGAAUUCGUUGGAUUUUAAACAGUUGACGAAGAAAUAUGCGGGACAUAUGAAGGAUACGGGGGAGUUGUGGGAUGAGGCACUCUUAGGGAUUGCGGAGAUGUAUUUUGGGAUUCAGAGACCGAGACAGGGAAAUCCGUUGUUGGAUAUGAUGGGGAGUAUGUUUGGGGGUGGGAUGGGCGGUGGUCAGCAGCAACAGGGAGCUAGGAGGAUUGGACAGACGGGAGCGGCACCGGUGGCGGAGGGUUUGGAUUAG